AUGCAACUACUUGAGCGCUCAAAACGAAUCAAUACGCCCCAAGUGGAGAGCGCGUGUGCACGCGGGCCAUUUAAAGCUGCAUCGCCGCGCCUUCAUUGGCUGCCUAUUUUGGGAUGGUGCGGACGUGGGCUUGACACGGUCUUGGAGGCUGAAGAAUUUACCGCAACAAAUGCGCGAACGCCUUCAGCAGGCGAGUAUUCGCAUUCGUCCCCUCCCUCCUCAGAGGAGGUUUCUAUCAGUCCACCACUGGACGUCACCGAUCUGACCGCUCAUUGCCUUCGUUUGGAAUUCACCAAUGAACCCGUUGCUGCACUCCACAUUGACGAUACAGCAAUCACUCCAGCUCGCCUUGUUUUAGUGGGCAAACUGAAAGACUCCAAAGAGACUGGCGACUCCCAGACAGCGACUCGUGUUUGGUUGGUGGGUCAGAGACCAGGGCGGUUUCGUGUCAGGCUCGCCUCGGUGGUUGAUUCUCCCCUUGUUAGGGCUGCUUUACCUACUUCUUUGGCGCGCUUGCGAAAACAGCAAAAUCAAAUUAAACGAAGUGGAAGUGCAGCCGCAUGGGAUAGGCAGCAGUUUCAGACCCUCUGGGUCACAGUGACGAACAACGACUGGAUCUGGCCGGUUGGCAUUACAGCUCAACUUGUCACGGAUCUCACCGUAACUGUUACCCAACAAGAUCGAUUAGAGGGCAAGUUCCCUUCUGGAGGUACACCACUCUACCACCAAUCAGACCGAGGGAAGGUGUCAGACUCGGGCUUCACCUUUUACACUGCACACGUUCGAUUUUCCGGUAGCCGAGUGGGUCGAAGCAAGAGUGUCCCAAUGGUACCAAAUUCGGGCGGUGCCACUCCGUUGGACGCUUUCGCCUUUCAACAAGGAGGACAUAUUCCUCUCAGUAAACGUGUAAAGCGUCAACUUGUGAAAAAGACUCUACCGCGUCAGGGAUUGCUUGUUGUAACUGUUCAGUUCUCCGAUGGAUCUGUUCUUCCUUGGCACCGUAUUAUGGAGGUGCGUGGGCUUGCAUUCAGUAAUGGACUCAAUCAUUCUCUUUUUAGAUGUGACAUCCUUGCAGUUGAAUGA